AUGUCGUCCAAAAUAUUUCAUCGCCAAUACUAUUUCACCUUUGGCAGCAACAUGAGUUUGACACAAAUGGCAGAACGUUGUCCCGGAAGCACUUUCAUCGGGAAGGCCACACUGCGAGGAUAUAAAUGGCAGAUCAACCAGAGGCAUGUGGCGAACAUUGUCAAAGUCACCGAAGGCGUUUCAAGUGGACCAGCAGGCCAGGCUGAUGUGGUCGAGGGUCUUGUGUUCUCCAUUACCGAUAAGGACCGUCGGACUCUGGAUCGCAAGGAAGGCAUCAAACUCGGUGUUUAUGAACGAGUCGUGCUGAAUGUUUUUCUGGAGCGACAUCCAAAUUUAACCGAGAAAAAGACAGCGUUUGUUCGAGACAGGCUUCAAGAUAAGCCUUGUGACAUUGGCGAAAAUGCAGCAAAUCUACAGCCCAAGCUGCCAGUCCUGUCCAAAAGGCCGCCGCCCUCAGUAAGAAGUCCGGCAGCCGAGGUGGAAGAAAUUGAGGCGAUCACAUACCUGAGCACCAAGUAUGCUGAAGAUGGACUGAUACGACUCGAGUAUGUCCAAAGGAUGGAAAACGCAAUACACGAUGCCGUGAAGCUCGACGUUUCGCGGGAUUUCGUGGAACGGUAUCUUGAACCUUACAUCAAUGGAGAUGUGUAUCAACCGGAAGAGGACGUCCAAGAAAAGCCCUCGACUUCCAAUCCGUCUGUCUCACAGACUGUCUGCGAAGAAAGGAAAAUGAAGGCAAAAGGCGGACCUGUUUUGCACUCCGCUGCUGCACAGAAGCCAGAUCACGCCCAUCGAGCUCAUCACACCAGAAAAAGGAGCCACGGCGCAAACGCCAGGAAACAGCCUCUCCGAGGCGAAGAUAGAGAAAGCAGGAGAGCCCACCCACGAAUAGGCGAAGAAGAACCAGUCUCAAGAAAGGAACGAGACAAAGAGCCCGCCGGCUUUUGGUCCUCCAUGUCGUCAAUGUUUGGCUCUGGUCAGAGUCAAGGCACCGCGAAAUCUCCUCAGGAUCGCUAA